GCCAUUAAUUACAGUUGUCUUGUCUUUAUUUUUAUCUAAAAAAAUGCCUCCCAUAUUCCUCACCUCACACACACACACACACACACACUAAAUGCUCUUUGUUCUCCUCUCCAACUCCCCUUUCCUUUGCUGCAGUGAUAUUUCAGAGCUUCUCCUCAGCUACUACUGCUAGCUAUCUUCUUUGGAUGGUGAAAGAACUGAACCACUGCUGUUGAAGCAGCAGCGCUAGCUAUAGCACAAAGUUGGUAACCUUUUUGUUGUUCUUCUCUGAUCAUCAUCAUCAUCAUCACUCAUCCUUUGAUAGAUCACUCUUUGAGAUAGGUAGCUAGCAAGAAUGGCAUCUUCAAGCUCUUCCAACUCCCCAUGUGCUGCCUGUAAGUUCUUGAGGAGGAAAUGCAUGCCUGGUUGUAUCUUUGCACCAUACUUCCCUCCAGAGGAGCCUCAGAAGUUUGCAAAUGUGCACAAGAUAUUUGGAGCUAGCAAUGUCACCAAAAUCCUCAAUGAGCUCCUCCCACAUCAGCGCGAAGACGCCGUCAACUCCCUCGCAUAUGAAGCCGAAGCAAGGAUGAAGGAUCCAGUCUAUGGUUGUGUUGGAGCAAUCUCAGUUCUCCAAAGCCAAGUUCAGAGGCUUCAGAAGGAGCUAGAUGCCGCCAAUGCCGAUCUUCUUCGUUACGCAUGCGGUGAGAUUCCGGCAGGUAUGCCGUUGCCCUCCUUGCUUCAGCCAUCUCCAAUGGGGAGAAUAGAGGCUGUUAGGAGGGCCAACAAUGGAGGAGGAGGUCCUAUAUACUAUCAUGGCACUGGAUUGCAAUCUCCCUAUCCUCCUCCAUGGACUGGUGGCCACCCUUUAGGAGACAUGGAAAAUCAAAGGAAGGGUGGAGGGGAUAGCAGCAGCAGCAGCAUGUGAACUCAAAAAUUCUAUUGCUAAGUAAGAUAUAAUUAAAAACCUACUUAAUUAAAUUUCUUUGCCUUAAUUAAAAACUAUGUAAGUACAUGACAUGGUUUGUGUGGCUUGUUUUGUCUUCAAGUGUACUCUGAUUUAAAUCUCAUGGUAAUUAAUAUCAUUUGAAAGACCUAAUUACCUUUAA